CAUAUUGUAAGGUAUCCAAGACUACAAGAAAAAAAUAGACCUCAAAAACUGAUGUUGUCAUAUGUUCUGCCUAGCAUUAUUUACAGUUUUUAUGUUCAACUAGUGAAAUUUUCAUCGAGGGGUUAUUUAAGACAAGUUUCAUCUUCUUAUGUCAUCGUUGAAUAGCACAGUGGAGAUUUGACGAAAGGGAUUAUGAAUUAUGGACAUCUCCACUUUUAUCCCCAAAGUUUUCCAUUCGGGUAGUUAGUCGUAUCCUCCGCAUACAACAAAGGCCUUUCGACACGCUCACUUGACUUUGUUCAACAUACAAGGACAGUAUGAACUCUCGGGUGACCUAGCAGAACACGCUUUUUACAGCUCUUUUUUACGGUGCAGCACACUCAUCAUUUUUUCUAUCAUUGGAAUUGCCGAAAAAUGAUAGAGCCCGAGACGAGAGAGAGAGAGAGAGAGAGAGAGAGAGAGAGAGAGAGAGAGAGAGAGAGAGACUACAGAUACUGGACAAGAUAGGAGCACAGCGGCAGUCCUGAGAAUAGUGUCCACGAGGACAGACCAACAUACAUACCGUCACUCUCCGAUUUCUGAAUUUUGGCAUCGCAUCUUGGAGUAUCAAACUCACUGUGACAGCAGCCGCGAGGAAACUGAGUGAGUGACAGAUCAAUAAGUGGUUGAUUUCGAGUACCACACUUCAGAAGCCUGAAUAUUUCGUAGGAAUAAACAGAACUGAGUACUAUUCACAGGCAUCGUGAGUACGGCGCAUUUUGUUUUAUACAAAAAGGGACAGAUAACCACACAGACGUGAAGGAACGCCGACUAUUUCAAGCACCACUCAGCGGGAUACAAAGUGACGCUGCUUUAGGAAUAUUUUUCACCCGUCUUUGGCCUCUUGAUCAAAACUUAAGAGCAUACAUAAAGAAGAUAACAGUGCCUUUUGAGUACCACUUUGUCGUUCAGAUAUUUUUCACCUCGUUCAAAAAGUUGAAUGAGAGAUACGGAGGAUACCUUUAAGAGCUUCUAAAUUGUCAUAAAUUCUUCUCACACCAUCAGUUGCUGGUGUGAUCUUCACCCCCAGUUCUGGUAAUUGAUCGAUUUGUUGUUUACACAGGGUUUAAUAUCUGAGACUUUGUCAGUCAGGGUUUCUGAGUUGUUUCGUUCAAACAACUGAAAGACAAAUAGUUUUUAUCGGAAAAGAAACACGACUGAGUAGCGUUAUCCUCAGAAGUUGAUGGAAAAACUGACAUAAGAUAAAACAAAUAAUCCAGAAGAUACUCUCAGAUAGGUUGAGUUUGGCAGCUUUUACCUUGUGUGUGCAAACUUUUUCAACGAGCUUUUUCCGGUAGAAAACAACGGUACCAGAACGCAGACUAAAAAAAACAAAACAAAAAACCAAAGCUUUAAUUUGGUUUACUGGACUAAAUUCCUCAAUAUCUCUUUGAAGCAGUACAUUUACCCGUGGACUUAGGUGAACUCGGUGGAGAAUCUGCAGAAGUUGUCCGUCCGGCAAGCUACGACGCUCCCGUGUUUCAGCGCCACUUCAAACAAAAGCAAACAGCGCGAGACCUUCCAACAAUUCGUUUGUUUUUUCUUCACGGCGGGCAAACAAAGCAGGAGGUUUGAGGAAGGUGUCGCUCCCAAAGCGCACAGAUCUUAACAAGGGGAUUAGGUCGUGGGCAAACGAGAUGACCCUGGUUGCUGAGACUUAACACUUGAAGAUUAACGGAUCGGAGCGCGCGGGUCUAGAUCGGCAUCCCAGCUAUCUGCACGCCGGAGUCGUCGUAACGAACACUCGGAGCUGUGCAGACGGUCUGUGGUCAGUGAGUGGAGAAAUCAGUGACCCCAGCUGGUGUGUUCGUACCUGGGGGGGAAGGAAGACCACGUGGCUACCUAAGCCGAAAAACAACUGGAUUUUCCUGGGCGUCUGUGUAUAAGUUAAAGAUAAACACGCUCGGCAUUUACUAUACCAGUUUGGGAGAAAUAUACCUCCCCUGUCAGUUCAUGUGGUAACCCAGAACGCGUAGGCAGUUUAAGGAGAAAUACGACAUCUUUAACUGGAGACAUACUUAGAAGUGCAAAGAUAUUCUGAUUAAACGUUGGAUAUAUACGGACAUUCCCUUAUCACGGUGGCCUACUUUCGCCUGUCGGAUUAUUGUGUUUCAUCUCCUAACACAGCACGCCUGAUCGCAUCACUGAGAGAAAAAGCAAUUGAUGAAUCAGGGAGACGAGGCUAAAAGACAAUCGUGAGCCGCCCCGGAUAAUCAGCCAACGGCCCAGAAAAGACAGACGACCUAGCUAAUGAAGCUUUACGCGUACGUCGCUCACGCGGAAACAUCGUGUCAAUGAACGACUCACGCAGCGAAAGAAACUGACAUCACUGAUCGGAGUCCGUGAUAAACUUCAACAUGGCUGUCAGAACGCUUGUGUCCGCCAUAAUUCUUAGCGCGGUUUUCGCUUCCGCUUCUGCUCAAACUCCCGACGUGGAGUUUUCGAUCAAAGAAGAACUCUCUGUAGGUACUGUCGUCGGUAAUAUUUCAGCUCUGGACGAUCUAUUCCCCGGCCUGACCUCUGACGAGAGGCGGUCACUUCAGUACGGGAUUCUGAACCAGGCUACUGUACCUGGAUCUUUGUUCAACAUCACCAGAAACGGAGGGGUCAUCUCGGUGGCUAACCGUGUUGACCGCGAGCAGUUAUGUUUGGUCACCAGCGACUGUAUUCUGAGAGUCAAUAUUUUGGUUUCCUCUCAAAACCCUUCACAGAUCGACUCCAAAGUGGUCACGGCUUUCUUCAAAGUCGAAGACAUAAACGAUAACCCUCCCGAAUUUGAGAAUAGCAGAGUCGUCUUGAAGGUCCCAGAGAGGAACUCUUUGGAAUCCGCUCUAAAAAUAAGUGGGGCAAAUGAUAAAGAUUUCAAAGACGAGUUUAAAGUGAAGAACUACACAAUGGAUAGAUUCAAGGACGUUUUCCACCUGACAGCGUCUCAAACUCUCGAUGGGAGCUCGGAGAUAGAUCUAAAACUUCUUCGCUCUUUGGAUCGAGAGGAGAAGUCCGAGUACUCGUUUGUGGUCACUGCUUAUGAUGGCGGAUCUCCCGCCAAAACGGCUCAGCUCCAGGUCAAAGUAGAGGUCACGGAUCAGAACGACAACGAGCCGGUGUUCCUGAACGACACGUAUCACGUGACCAUUGACGGGAAACUGAUGCCAGGCCACGUCAUUCUGCAGGUGUCUGCCGAGGACGCGGACGAGGGCGACAACGCCAAGAUCAGCUACGACUUCAGCACGAUCCAGAGGCCCAUGCUGGAGAACAGGUUCCACAUCAACUCCAGCUCUGGCGAGAUCUCCGUGGUGGGCCCACUCAGGACAGGGGUCACAGAGGUCAUCGUGGAGGCCCAGGACGCCGGAAGUCCCAGGCUGAAGGCUCAGACCAGCGUGACCAUCACUGUGGUCAGCACGGGGAACGUGGCGCCUCGCAUCACCAUCACCACUCUAGGCGCAAACCCCGAGCUUAACGUCGUGUCCGUGAAAGAGCCGGCCGGCCGAGGGCAUUUUGUGGCCUUUGUCGACAUUGUGGACGAGGACGGGGAUAUCUCCGACGUGACCUGUGACAUCAGCAACCCAGCCUUCCGUAUGGAGCCCAUUUCCAACAAGGGUUAUAAGAUCGGUCUGCAGGGGGAGGUGGACAGAGAGUCACGUGACACGUACAACCUGUCUGUGGUGUGUGUGGACGGGGGACAACCGCCGCUCAACGCCACCGCCAGUUUUGUAGUCAGGAUCGAAGACUCGAAUGACAACAAACCCCAGUUCACGCAGUCCCGCUACUCGCGGACGAUGCAAGAGGGCAACAAGACGAAAGAGUUUGUGCUGCAGGUCAGCGCGUCGGACUUGGACAUUGGCGCUAACGGAGCUGUGAGUUACAGCGUCGACCCCAGCUACGCACGAUUAUUUAGUAUUGACCAGUCUGGACAGAUUUUCGCUAUAGGAAAUCUGGAUAGGGAGACAACCCCAGUUAUCAAGUUCAAAGUGUACGCCACGGACCACGGAAAGCCAGACCCGCUUCAAAGCUCCGCUGAGAUUUCCGUCAUUUUGAAAGACGUGAACGACAACGCGCCCAAGUUUGAGAAAACGAUAUUCAGAAUCCGAACCAUGGAAGAAGUUAGCGGUACGAGGAUCAUCGAGACCCUGAAAGCCGAGGACAAAGACGAGGGCGUGAAUGCCGAGCUGGAGUUCUUCUUCAGCAGAUAUCUAGAUGGCGCGGACGGAGCCUUCAACGUGCUCAAAAACGGUUCAAUCCUCAGCGCCUCGCGACUCGACAGAGAGGACCGCGUCAACUACACGUUCUCCGUGGUUGUCCGGGACAAGGGUUACCCGCCUCUAAUGUCUACAGCCACGGUGGUGGUGGAAGUGGUGGACAUCAACGACAACAGUCCCAGCAUCCUCUUCCCCAAGUCGCAAAACCACAGCAUCCUCUUCACCAGCUACCCGGAGACGGGCGUUGUCUUGAGUAAAAUCAUUGCCUACGACGACGACGCUGGCGAUAACGGGAGUCUAAAAUUCACCAUCGUCUCGGGGAAUGAAGACCGAGCCUUUGAAAUCGCGGAGAACUCGGGAGAGAUACAGAUCACUCACGCAUCCAGGGUGAAAAACAACAAGAAAUACAACGUGGGUUUUGUCGUUUCUGACAGAGGUAUGCCUCCGAAGUUCAACACGACGACGCUCAAAAUCGAAUUCCGUUUCGACAACAACAGCAACGCUUUCGUCCAGGGAGAUAAACAAGAAGAUUACAUCAUCAUCGUAGCUGUCGUCGCCGCUGUCACGGUCGUCUUCUCCACCCUCAUCAUCGUUGCUAUCUGCGUCGUGUUUCAGAAGGAUCGACAGAGCCGCCACAAAGCCAGCCCCAAAGCAGCCUUCCAUAACCUGCACGUGCCGGAAAAUAUGAGCGAUGACGAAAAGGUGCACCAAACUCCCCACGACAUCUCCGUGGGCCUGGAUGUCCAUCAACAAUAUUCCAUGAACGAUCUCUCGUCUCCGCCGGGACACCCCGAGAAAAGCCGAGACGACGGGAAGUUCUUUCAGACGAAACUCUCCUACCCAGAACCUCAAACCCAAAAGGGAGGUGGUAAAGCUGUAAGCUUCAGCCUAGACCAAAAUGAAAUGACGUCAUCAAAUCCGCGACAUGUCUCGUCUCCACGUGAGGAGACUCCGCCCCUUUCUACGUUUGGGCCCGCCCACAAUGGGCGUCCGAUUGACGAGAUGAUGUUCCACCAGCGGUCAGCGAUGACGCGUCAGGUCAGUGGUGUGACGUACUCACCGGUCAGCACGUAUGUGCAUGGCGAUGACGUCACCAGCGAUACUUCCGGAGACACAAAUACCAGUGACAGUGGUCGGGGCAACAGUGUUGAUGACGUCAAUUUCGAACAGAUUAUGAAAGGCGACCUGUCUCCCCGCUUGGGCUCCAGACGACGCAGCGCAGACCUGGUCCCACCGGCAAGAAAAGCGCACCUGCCCAACACCCCGGGUAGAUCCUCCUACCACGUCCGGUUCGCUCAGUACACGGACAAAGUGGCACCUCCAGAUUUACCGCCAAAAUCCACGGCCCCGAAACACUACAACGGGGCAAGGGCAGCCUCUACUAAGCCUGUGCCAGAUUUUCGGGACAGGCAAGGCCCAAAGGGAAAUUUCCUCGCCAAAAACAAUGGUCAAAAAGAGCCAAACUUGACGAGCACCUUUGGCACACCUCGGCAGAUUUCGAUGACAUCGAUAGAUGAUGACGCAACUACCACCACUUCUGGUAGCUACGUCAUCAGUCCAGACGACGUGAGAAUGGAGACUUUUGUGGGCUCAGACAUUAUUGUGUAAAGAGUCGAGAAUAACGAAUCUGGCGACAAACUGGUCACAAACAGUUUCCAUUUUUUAAAUACAUCAAGAACAAUAAUAUAAGAAUGUGAAUUCUUUGUGAACCCUGUUACAAUGUCUGCCCCCUUCCCCCAUCCACACAACACCCCCCUCCCCCCUUUUCCCUCAGACCGUCUCAAGACUUUCGUCAAUUUGGUACACAUACUGGCAUUUCAGCAGACCCUCAUAAAAUUUUGUUCACGGAAUGGCCAAGAAGUCUGCAUAUUCAGCGCACAUUUGAAUGCUUGAUGCUUUUUUUUUUCUUUUUUUUGACUGAACUGAACUGACAUUGUUUGCCAUGUCGCUUUAAGUGUCACGCAUUUAUUGUUCAGCUGUUGUUGCCAUGGAUUGGUGUGAAAAGCUUUUUAAAAAGCUUUUUAGAACUGAAUUGUAAAUAAUUAUAUGGAUAAACAUUGUUUUAAAGAAGGUGGUGUCUCAGAAAAUACAUGAAGUAUGCUUGGUAUUUUAAAUAAUACUUGAGGUACAAAAAAGAGGAUUACAGAAACGAAGAGACGGAGUGUGAUGAAUAUAUAGAUUUAAAGAGGGAGAGAGAGAGAGAGAGAGAGAGAGAGAGAGAGAGAGAGAGAGAGAGA